AUGAGGAGAAGGCCCCUGGCAGCCAAAAUGAAGUCUCUGCUGUCUAUGUGCUGCGUGCUGUCUCUGCUGGCCCUGUCUGCUGCAGAUCUCCUGGCAGAGUCCUCCAUCCACGAUGAGGAGCAUCUGGUGCAUCUGCAGUUCCAGCAGCCGGAGGGAGAGCUCUUCUCCUGUGGAUGUGACACAACAGAGGAGCACGCCAGCCAGAGCUCCUCCAAUGACACCCCGGCCCCGGAGAGGGUCAUAUGCCAGCCCUGCAAACCCCCAUCAGCUGUAGAUACUGAAGAAGUGCCAGCUUCCACCUCAGAGCAUGAAGAGGAGGAGGAAGAUGCAGCUCAUGCAGAGGAGGAUGCUUCCACUGAGGAGGUAACAAGUGAUGGAGAGGAAGAGCAGGAGGAGGCAGCUUCCCGGGAAGAGGAAGUUACAUCUGAGGAGGAGGCUGAGGAUCACAGUGUGGAGGAAGAGGAAGUAGCUGAGGAAGUUGCAUCAUCUGAAGAGGAGGUUGAGGAGGAGAAAAUCGAGGAAGAGGAAGAAGAGGAAUUACCCCAUGAGGAAGAGGAAGGGAGUGAACCUCAGGAAGAAGUUGCAGAAGAGGAAGAAGCUGCUGUUGAAGAAGCAGUUGAGGAACCAGAAGGGGAAGACACACAAGAGGACACAGAGGCAGCAGCUGAGGAGGAAAGUGUGGAAACUUCCAUAUACGAGGUUGUAGAGGAGGAAGCUGAGGAGGAGGUUGCAGAGGCUGAACCAGAAGCAGAUCCAGUUGAGCUUCCUCAAACAGAUUCUGAACUUGAGGAAACAGAGCCAGAAGCGAUAGCAGAAUCUGUGGCUGAACCAGAGGUGACUGCAGAGCCUGAACCAGAACCAGAGAUAGUUGCAGAGCCUGAACCAGAACCAGAGGUGACUGCAGAGCCUGAACCAGAACCAGAGAUAGUUGCAGAGCUUGAACCAGAACCAGAGGUGACUGCAGAGCCUGAACCAGAACCAGAGGUGGUUGUAGAACCUGAACCAGAGGUGACUGCAGAGCCUGAACCUGAACCAGAAGUGGUUGCAGAGCCUGAACCAGAGGUGGUCGCAGAACCUGAAGUAAUUUCAGAGCCUGAGGCAAUUCCAGAGCCUGAUCCAGAACCAGAGGUCGUUCCUGAAGUGGAGCCAGAACCUGUUGUGGAGGAGGUCACACCAGAAUCUGUAGAGGAUGUGGCUGUGCAAGAGGAGCUGGUGGAGGAGGCACCUGUUGAUGUCGAGGAGGUGACAAUGGAGGAGGUGACAGUGGAGGAGGUGACAGUGGAGGAGGUGACUGCAGAGCAGCCUACGCAGUCUAAAAACAAAGAGCGUGAGACAGCAAGCCGGACACCGAGGGACCGCUCACACAUUGAGGACACGCUGCGAUUGGCUACUAAUGAACCCUCAGCAGAGUUCUCAGUUGCUAUGAAGAAGCUGUUGGACAUCUACCACACUGCCAUCAAGCCAAUGGAGCAAGCCUACAAGUACAACGAGCUCAGGCAGCAUGAAGUCACAGAUGGAGAGAUCACCUCCAAGCCCAUGGUUUUGUUCCUGGGACCGUGGAGUGUGGGCAAGUCCUCCAUGAUCAACUACCUGCUGGGUCUUCACGGCACCUCACAGGAACUCUACACAGGUGCUGAGCCCACCACCUCCGAGUACACCGUCAUAAUGCACGGGGAGAAGUUUCGCUCCAUUGAGGGCAUCGUCAUGGCAGCAGACAGCUCACGGUCCUUCUCACCUCUGGAGAAGUUCGGCCAGGGCUUCUUGGAGCGGCUGGUCGGCGUCGAGAUGCCCCACAAGCUGCUUGAGAGGGUCACCUUCGUCGACACGCCCGGCAUCAUUGAAAACCGCAAGCAGCAGGAGAGAGGUUACCCCUACAACGACGUGUGCCAGUGGUUUAUCGAUCGAGCAGAUCUGAUCUUCCAGGUGUUUGACCCCACCAAGCUGGACGUGGGAGGGGAGCUGGAGAUGCUCUUCAAGCAGAUGAAGGGCCGCGAGUCCCAGAUUCGCCUCAUCCUCAACAAGGCCGACAGUCUUUCCACCCAGAACCUGUUGAGGGUCUACGGGGCUCUGUUCUGGAGCAUGGCGCCGCUCAUCAAGGUCACAGAGCCUCCUCGGGUGUACGUCAGCUCCUUCUGGCCCCAGGACUACGCUGCAGACACCAGCCGAGAGCUCUUCAUGAAGGAGGAGACCUCUCUGCUGGAGGACCUCAACCAGGUGAUUGAGAAUCAGAUGGAGAACAAGAUCGCUUUCAUCCGCCAGCACGGCAUCCGUGUCCGUAUCCACGCCCUGCUGGUGGACCGCUACCUCCAGACCUUCUCCGACAAGCUGGGCUGGUUCAGCGACCCCUACGAGGUGUUCCAAGACAUUGUCAACGACCCGGACAAGUACUACAUCUUCAAAUCCAUUCUGGCCAAAACCAACGUCAGCAAGUUCGACCUGCCCAAGAAGGAGGCCUACCAGGACUUCUUCGGCGUGAACCCGGUCUCCAGCUUCAAGCAGCUCUCCUCCCACUGCAGCUGGACCGGCGGCUGUCUGCUGGAGAAGCUAGAGAGGGCCAUCUCGUACGAGCUCCCGGCUCUGCUCAGCAGCACCAGCAAGGCCGCAGACACGCCUGCCCCAGCGAAGGCUGCACCCACACCUCCGCCUCCGCUCCCCGGCACCUGUGAGGGUCCCGGGUGUGAGGAGAAACCCAAAAAUCGCUGGAGGAGGCAGUGAGACGUAGGACAGGGGUGCAGCAGGAGGAACAGAGGAGGCAGAUGGCGGCAGCGGCCAGAGGGUUUCCUUAAAUAAUCCUUACUGCUGUGAUUUUCAGAACUGGGUAUGGGGAGACUGAGCAGGGAGAGGGAAAGAGAAAAGACCUGGGUCAGAAUACUUCUUACUUAGUGCUUGUUUUUACCUGGAUGGGGACAGUUCAGAUCAAUUGUAGAUGACAGAAAAGUAUACCCAAUUUUACUUUUCAACAACCCUCUGGUACACAUUGUUCUGUAUGAUACCGUUCUGGUAUUUGGGUAGGUCAAAACUAACAGUGAAUUUCUUUGAUUACGGUAGAAUAAGAAAUGUAGAAGAAGAGGCUUGAAGUCGUGCCAUCUGAAGCCAUUGUUGUGUGCAAAAUGUGAUACAUGUCUGCAGGAGAAACGAACCUCCGAAGCACGAUAUUUUCCUAUGUAACCUUCCAAGUUAGUGAAAUCUGAGAAUGAAUGUUUUCUUGUUUCUCACUGUUUUCAAGUUUGUACAUUAUUUAUUCAAGUUUUCUCCUUCAGAGAAAGAUGCUGGCAGCGCUGUCACUCUACCAGUGAUACAGUAGAUGCUGCCACUCUUUUGUCCUCUGCGUUGUUUGCAAAGUCUGAAGAUUGAGAUAAACUGCUGUGCUGUGUUUUUACAGUUAAACCAGUGUAGGGCGUUAUUGCGUCAACAAGCUUAUUUUCAACGGUGGGGCAGUAAAAUAUAAAGAAGGGAGCUCUCGUAGUGUUUUAUUGAGCAAAACCAUGGUUAGUCACUGCAUUACUGUAUACUGUACUGUCAUUUUUUCUUUAUUUUACUAGUCUACGUUUAUUAUAGGAACAGGUUUAGUUUAACAUUUCUCUGUGCUGUUUAGACUGAAUUGACUGAAUACUGCCAUGUUGUCAUUUAGUCGUAGCUUUCCUUUCAUGUAAGCUUUUAUUUAAUGCCACCGCUGCCUUUUCAGCCCUCUGAACUGUUGCUAGUUUUACCUCAACGCGGUUGCAUGCCAUAUGGGCAUUUCCUUUCAAAUUGUAAUCUUUUCCUUGUUCUUUUAGGUCUGUUUGUAAUUGUCAUUAUUUUGAGUAAACAACAACAAAA